AUGAAACAGAAGUUGCUGAAUGGAAAGACGGGGAGAAGCAAAACCGAGUUUACUAGAAUGGCGUCUGCGAUAGGAAAGGACCUUAGCAGUACCAGCCUCAAACUUGGCAAACUUUCACAGUUGGCAAAGCGCAAAGCACUCUUCGAUGAUAAACCAGUAGAAAUUAGCGAGCUCACCUUCAUCAUCAAGCAAGAUCUCGCAAGUAUCAACAAACAGAUAUUGUCACUACAGAAUUAUGUCAAGCAGCGAAAGCAAAAUGCCACCAAAUCGGCGGAGGCGAACCAAAUUCAUGAGCAUAACAAUAAUGUGGUGGUUCUACUGCAAAACAAACUCGCCAGUACGAGCAUAGCGUUCAAAGAUGUGCUUGAAAUUAGGACACAGAACAUGAAGGAAUCAAGGGAGCGGACAGAAAAAUUCAUGUACUCAACAUCAUCCGCUGCAAAUCAGGCGACUUCGAAUUCAAUGCUCUUCAAUCAACGAGGAGCCGCCGAUCCCAUGAGUGACGGAAGUCCAGGCCGCUUAGACUCGAAGGGGAAAGGACGGGCCCCGCAGAAUGGCGACUUACUUGCUUUAGAUUUAGAUUCAGCCGAGGAGGGCGUCGGGGGUUCGCAAAAUGGAGGCAGUGCAUUUAUGCAAAUGCAGUUAAUGGAGCAACAGGAUACCUACAUACAGCAACGAUCCACCGCUAUUGAAUCCAUCGAAGCCACUAUUGCAGAACUUGGUCAGAUCUUUACUCAACUCGCCAACAUGGUUGCCGAGCAGAGGGAAACGGUGCAGCGUAUCGAUGCGGAUACAAUGGACAUCGUAUCGAACGUGAGUGGGGCACAGAGGGAAUUGCUGAAGUACUACGCUAGCAUAUCCAGUAAUCGAUGGCUCAUGCUCAAAAUAUUUGGGGUUUUGAUAGUCUUCUUCCUCGUUUUCAUCCUGGUUUCUUGA